AUAUGCAAGGUUUGUUGACAUGCGCGCGACCUGCAAACUGCUAUCAUCACAAAAAACUCAGACUGGUCAGUCUCUCACUGAAGAUUAUGUCUUUCAGCUCAUGUACACCCAAAUUCUCGGUUUUGUUCGAAUAUCUUUUUCCCCACUCGUACACCCCUCAGCAUCGUGCAGUCUGACGCGGAAACUCACACUUUACUCGCAAUACAACACGAUGCCUAAAAAGGACAAGACGAGCAAAAGCAACCCCAAACCACCAGAGACACCUCCUGGCCCGGUAACUAAAGUUAAAGACGGGACAAUUGCAAUAGCAAUACAUGCUAAACCCGGGGCCAAACAAAACGCAAUCACAGAUGUGUCCGAGGAGGCGGUCGGUGUCGCCAUUGCUGCUCCUCCGACAGACGGAGAGGCCAACGAGGAACUGGUGCGAUAUUUAUCCAAAGUCCUGGAGCUGAAGAAGAGUCAAGUAUCAUUAGAUAAGGGCUCCAAAUCCAGAGAAAAGGUUAUCAAAGUGACUGCAGCUGUCAGCCAGGAGGAAAUCCUGAAGAAACUGAGGACAGAGGCUAGUGGCUGAUAGACUGAAAUAAUGGAUUGUUUGCUUUAAAGGGAUAGUUCACCCAAAAAUGAAAAUUCUGUCAUCAUUUACUCACCCACUCAUGUUUCUGUCUUCUGCUGAACACAAAAGAUAUUCUGAAGAAUGUCAGGAUGUCAAUAACCAAACAGUUGAUGGGCCUCGUUGACUUCCAUAUUAUGGAAAAAAUACUAUGGAAGUCAAUGGCUCAUCAACUAUUUGAAUACCCAUAUUCUUCUUUAAAUGAUGACAGAACAUUUUUUUUUCGGUGAGCUAUCCCUUUAAACCACAUAUUCCAGCAUAUCCUUAUUCCAGGAAAGAAAAAAAUAAAGUCACAUUUUCUACAUCACAGUUUGCAUUUUUAAACCGUGCAAUAUUAAAUUUAGCCUAACUUUUUGGUCAAUAAAAUGUAAUGUUAUUUUUGUGUAUUUAUUUUUUAUUAUUUUGUGUGUACUAAGUAAUGUUUGUAAGGAUGGGGAAAUGAUGAUCUUAUUUUUAUGAACUAAUGUUAACAAAGAUGAAUUAAUACAGUAAGACAUGUAUUGAUCAUUGUUAGGUCAUGCUAUUUAAUGCAUUAGCUAAUGAAAACUAAUGAACCUUAUUGUAAAGUGUUACCAAAUUGUUUUUACUAGUUUAAGUUUUAGCUACUUGCCCUACAACAUCACCCUUGGACAAUCAAAAAGGAUUUUAUGUCAAUUAUGUCACUAAGUAUAUUUUUUCAUUUAAUAUUUACAGUCCAUUCAUGGAAAUUCAUGGAGGUUUUGCACACUGCAGUGGAUAUUUCUUUAAUGGCAUUCAAGUUCAGGACAAUUAGCCAGCUCCUGCCUUUUUUUAAAGACCACAGCUGCGCCUGAAGCCCUUCACCAGUGACAAAUGUGUUCAUUAAGAAGAAACCUAAUGAGUAUAGUUAUCAGACAUUCGCUAAGAGCCCUUCAUUGAAUAUUAAAGCUUCUCAGAGUCUUAA